AUUAAUUCUUUGGUUCUUUUAAUUUCUUUCUUGCUUUAAAGUUUAUUUUUUCUUCAUUUGUUCUUAUCUUUAAUUUCAUAUUUUGUGGAAGGAUAUUAUGGAAAAUCCAUUGCAUUUAAAGUCAUUAAAUCACAUAUCAAUAGUUUGCAGAUCAGUUGAUAAAUCUCUUGAUUUUUACCAAAACAUUCUUGGAUUUUUUCCAAUUAGGAGGCCUUGUUCUUUUAAUUUUGAUGGAGCUUGGUUGUUUAAUUAUGGAAUUGGCAUACAUCUUUUGCAAUCUGAGGAUCCAGAGAAUAUGCCCAAGAUUAGCAUCAUUAAUCCCAAGGAUAAUCACAUUUCCUUCCAGUGUGAGAGCAUGGCAACAGUAGAAAAAAGGCUUAAAGAGAUGGAAACAGAGUAUAUUAAGUGCAGAGUUGAAGAAGGUGGCAUCUAUGUUGAUCAAAUAUUCUUCCAUGAUCCCGAUGGCACGAUGAUCGAGAUCUGUAACUGCGAUAACUUGCCGGUGAUUCCACUUUCCGGUGGUGAUACAGUUCUCCGGCCAUGCUCAACUCUCCACUGCACCAUGCAGCAGAACAAAAUUCAACAAAUGGUCUAAUA